AUGGCUCUAUCUACAUCCUACCCCCUGAAAACCGGCCACCGCAUGCCAGCCAUCGGCCUCGGAACCUGGCAGUCCAAGCCGAAUGAGGUCAAAGAGGCCGUCUGUACAGCUUUAAAAGCCGGAUACCGACACAUCGACGCAGCAGCAGUCUACGGCAAUGAGAAGGAGGUGGGAGAGGGAAUCAGACUGUCCGGUGUUCCACGGGGAGAGAUCUUCAUCACCAGCAAAUUAUGGAAUACGCACCACGAGCCCGAGCACGUGGCGGAGGCGCUCGAACAAUCGCUCACGGAUCUGCAGGUCGAAUAUCUAGAUCUCUACCUGAUCCAUUGGCCCGUUGCGUUCCGCUACUCGACGACGACGAGUCAGCCCGUUGACCCUGGAACCGGGCUGGUCGAUGUCAUUGACGUCCCGGUCAAGGAUACCUGGGCUGCGAUGGAGGAGCUGGUGGAGAAGGGAAAGGUGCGCGCCAUCGGGGUGAGCAAUUUCACUCGUCAGAGGAUUGAGGAGUUGAUGACUACGGCUCGUAUCCCCCCCGCCGUCAACCAGAUCGAAGCACACCCCUAUCUCCAGCAGAGGGAUUUGCUCGAGUGGUCCAAGCAACAGGGACUCGUGGUAACCGCUUACUCGCCCCUAGGGAACAACAUCUAUAACAUCCCUCGGGCCGUCGAUGAUCCGACCGUCAUUCAGAUCGCCAAAGAGCUAGACAAGACACCCGCACAGGUGCUGAUCAGCUGGGCCAUUCAGCGCGGGACAUCUGUCGUGCCCAAGUCGGUCACGCCGGAGCGUAUCCGGAGGAACCUCGAGGUGUUCGUCUUACCCGAGCAUGCAUUCGAGAGAAUCCAGGCGUUGGAACGCCACCAGCGGAUGAACUUUCCGGCUAGACUGGGAGUCGAUAUCUUUGGUGAGGUGGGCGAGGAAUCGGCGAAGCGAAGUGCGUUGGAGUGGGCUCGGCAGCAGAAGAUGCAGGCAAAGUGA